AUGGUCUCUAGGAUUACCACGGUGUCUGAUAUUGAAAAGAUAUAUGAUAAGGAAAGGAUCAAGCUUAAGGAAAUCAUGGGUAGGAUUCCAAAUAAAGUUUGUCUAACAUCGGAUGUUUGGACAGCAUCUACUAGUGAGGGUUAUAUUUGUUUGACUGCUCACUUUGUUGAUGAAAAUUGGAAGUUAGUUAGUUGUCUUCUUAACUUUCUUCGAAUGAAGCCCCCCCACACGGGUAUCGCAUUGGAAGCUACUUUAUUUGAUUGCUUAAAACAAUGGGGAAUAGAUAAGAAAAUAUUUACUGUAGAGGAUUUUAAAUCAUGGAACUCGAUUGAGAGUAGGUUUGUUCCUGAAAAGAGUGAGUUAGAUAUAUACUUUGACGAUGAAUUGAUGGAGCUGGAUGAAGAACAAUCCGAAAAUUUUGAUGUACUUCUUUAUUGGAAGUUAAAUGAGAAAAAGUUUCCGAUACUCUCUAUAAUGGCACGUGAUGUGCUUAGCAUUCCUAUCACGACCGUAGCAUCUGAGUCUUCUUUUAGUAUUGGUGGACGUGUUCUUACCAAAUACAGAAGUUCUACUCUUCCAGAACACAUCCAAAUGUUGAUUUGUACUCGGAGCUGGUUGUAUGGAUUUCCUGAAAAUAUAAAUGAUGAGGAAGAUAUCAACACUAUGGAUGAAUGCAAUAAUGAGAUGACAAUGACUCAACAUACAUUUGGAUUGCAAGAUUGAAGUGGAC